GAAGCGACGCGCAGCCGGAAGCGUUGCGUAGCCCAAAGCAGGGAGGGGCGGGCGUCAGCGACGCGACCUUCCCAACAUGGCGCCCUAUCAUAGGCGCGCGUGAAGGCGGACCCGGCAAGUCGCGGAGGCCAAUGGCGGAGCGCAUGAGGCGGUGGGGCGGGGAGGACGGCCGCUGUUCGCCCAACCCGAAGCUCCGGUGCUGACUGGGGAGUGAAUUUUCUGGAAGGCGACUUUAAAGGCGCCGGGCCGGAGCGAAGGGCGUCUCGGGGCCGCGCCAGCUGGGGAGGGCGCGUCGGGUGGCAGGAAGCGAGCCGCGCCGGGGUCGCGGCGGAACCGGACGGGACGGCGAGCGGCUCACGAUGAACCACAAGAGCAAGAAGCGCAUCCGCGAGGCCAAGCGGAGUGCGCGGCCCGAGCUCAAGGACUCGCUGGACUGGACCCGGCACAACUACUACGAGAGCUACCCGCUGAACCCUGCGGCCGUGCCGGAUAACGUGGAGAGAGCUGAUGCUUUACAGCUGUCGGUGAAAGAAUUUGUCGAGCGGUACGAGAGGCCUUACAAGCCCGUGGUUCUGCUGAAUGCCCAAGAGGGCUGGUCCGCACAGGAGAAAUGGACUCUGGAGCGCCUCAAAAGGAAAUACCGGAACCAGAAGUUCAAGUGCGGUGAGGAUAAUGACGGCUACUCGGUGAAGAUGAAGAUGAAAUACUACAUCGAGUACAUGGAGAGCACCCGCGAUGACAGUCCCCUUUACAUCUUUGACAGCAGCUAUGGCGAACACCCCAAAAGAAGGAAGCUUUUGGAAGACUACACGGUGCCCAAGUUUUUCACAGAUGAUCUUUUCCAGUACGCGGGGGAGAAGCGCAGACCCCCUUACAGGUGGUUUGUGAUGGGGCCACCACGUUCUGGAACUGGGAUUCACAUUGACCCACUGGGGACCAGCGCCUGGAAUGCCUUAGUUCAGGGUCACAAGCGGUGGUGCCUGUUCCCGACAAACACACCCCGAGAACUCAUCAAGGUGACCCGGGAAGAAGGGGGGAACCAACAGGAUGAAGCAAUCACCUGGUUUAAUGUCAUCUACCCCCGGACACAGCUUCCAACGUGGCCACCUGAAUUCACCCCCCUGGAGAUAUUACAGAAACCAGGAGAAACUGUCUUUGUACCAGGGGGCUGGUGGCAUGUUGUCCUCAAUCUUGACACCACCAUCGCCAUCACCCAGAACUUUGCCAGCAGCACCAACUUCCCUGUUGUGUGGCACAAGACGGUAAGAGGGAGACCAAAGUUAUCAAGGAAGUGGUAUAGGAUCUUGAAGCAGGAGCACCCUGAGCUGGCAGUCCUCGCCGACGCCGUUGACCUCCAGGAGUCCACAGGCAUUGCCUCUGACAGCUCCAGCGACUCUUCUAGCUCCUCCAGCUCCAGCUCCUCAGACUCAGACUCAGAGUGUGAAUCUGGGUCAGAAGGUGAUGGGACGACACACCGCAGGAAGAAGAGGAGAACUUGCAGCGUGGUGGGAAAUGGGGACACUACCUCACAGGAUGACUGUGUGAGCAAAGAGCGCAGCUCCUCCAGGUGACCACAUGUGGCCAUUGUUUGCAAGGAUGUGCUCGCAGCAAGGCUUGGGGGUCUGACACCCAGAGAACAAGGACACUCAGAUGGGAGUUGGUAGUAUUUGGUACAGUGGCUUUUCUCAUGGUCAUGUCUUAGGGGCAGAGGUGUGUGGAUGGUGCCAAUGAAACCCUUUACCUAUUUAAUAAAGCGAAUCCAUUUUAUAUUGUG